AUGGAACUCAAUCAGUCUCUUGGAAAAAGUAUCCAGAUCAAUGUCGGCAACUCUGAAUAUCACGUCCACGAAGAGCUGUUGCGCAAAAACACGAAAUUUUUCGACAUCUACGAACGCAGAAGGGUGAUGCACAUAGAUAUAGGAUCUGAAAUGUUUGACUCCUUUAUUCAGUGGCUCUAUAUUCGAGGUCUCUUCAAACAUCCAACUGGUGGCGUCCGGGUGAUUCUAGAAUUAUGGUUCUUUGCUGCUAAAAUUUCCUGCCCAGAGCUUCAGAACUACGCCAUGGAUUGGAUUCAGGACUAUCAAGAUGAUUGGAUGGAGGAAUCGGAUUUAAUAUACGUUUUUGAGACGGCAAAGGAUGGUGGUGGGCAUAAUGCUUUAGAGGACUUCUGUGCUGCUACGCUUCGUGAGAAAAACGCUGGGGACUUCGAAACGGUUCGUGAUUUUAUUCAAGCAGUUCCAGUCGCCCUUGGUCCAUAUCUUUAUUAUGAAAAUUCCACAUUCACAACGACGAUGACAAGAUCUGCGAAUCUAAACCAAACGCUUAGUAAAAUCUGGGCUUACAUUUCGUUGGUGGAUAUCUCUGAGUCUCUUGAUAGGCUUGAGAAACCGUCAAAAGUCUUGGGAUUCGCUACAACUUCGAUGACCGACUUCAAGCAGCUCGUUGCAUCUAUUCAUACUGCUAGGGAGAGGCGUUCAUUCAUCUGGUAG